AUGGUUAUUACUAUUGCUAAUGCUGCCACGGUCAAAAGGAAUUUCGAAUUUGAUCAAUUACUUAUCCGAAAUAUUCCAAGAUAUAGAAGAGAAUUAAAGACUAAAGUUCAUGAUAAAGAUUCAAGUGAAGAAUCUAAAGAAAGUGAUGAAAGUAAUGAAAAUGAAAAAAUAUCAAUUGAAAGUAGUGGUGUCAAUGUACCAAGAAUGGAACUUAUUCCAGGAAGAAAAAUUCAUAUAGGAUCAAAUGAAGGUUCAGGAAUGGAUUUAAAUGAAAUUGAAGGAAGUGGAAUUGACAAUUAG